CUUCUUAGCUAACUGCUAGCAAAGCGAUUGUGUGCCUUUUAAUACCACAAAUCAUCUAAGCAAACCGGUUAUUUGUUAUAAAAUUAAUAAAUAUAAUUAUAUUUUGUAUAUUUGUGGUUAAACUGGUCAGCAUCCAAGUUCCAACGCGUAUGUUUGCGCUUGUAUUUUGAAGAAGGAUCUACUCACUGUUUUCUCUCGUUAGCUUGACUCUGCCGCCAUAACUUUGAAACGUGGAUUACAAUCAGUCUGUCUUUGGACAAACGUCAAGCCUGAGUGUCUGAUUUCACAAAGUGAUGUUGUGAUGCUGGAGCCACGUUUUCCUGACCGCCUCUAACUGGAAACCCUCCCGACAUGCCUCGACCUACUCGGAACAGACUGACUCCGUGGAUCGAGAGUCUGAUCCUGAGCUACACCGUCCCUGAGGAGGAUGAGAAGGGUGAGGAGGAUCAGCAGGGCGGUCGGAGCCGAGGCCAGCUGAGGGCUCACGUCGUCGGGGUGAACCACAUGUCUGAGUCCCAGGCUCAGCUCCAGAGCUCCGAGGACCCCACCGGGCUGCUCUACCUGUCCGACGGGCAGCUCCAGAUCCCGGCCGUCCUCACCGCCGCCGCCUGGGAUCGUCUCCAGGACCAGGAGGACCGCGAGUGCUUCACCAGCCUCCUCAACUCCACCGUCUGCAUCCAGGACUACCGGCUGCUCUUCCACAUGGCCGCGGAGGAGACCAGGUGCAGGUUCUUCUUAUCGGUCGGUCAGCUGGCGACGGUCGCCGCCGGUCCGGUGAAGGACAAACCGCCCUGCUGCAGCACCUUAACCUCCGUGCAGCAGAAGAUCCGCCUGACCUGGAAGGCUCUGCGGGGUCAGGAGGACUCUGAGAGCCAGGACGGACACGAACUAACCGUGCUGCUGGACGAGUGGCAGCGUGACGUUCUGGAGGAGCUGAAGCAGGACAUCCGGCGGAGGCUGAACCCUCAACCCUCCACCUCCUCUCACCAGCCCUCCCCCACCGUCCACACCACCGGCUGGGACCUGGACAGGAUCAAGUAUAAGGGGGAGGAGCCUUUCAGCGUCCCCAUGUGGUGUCUGCUCAUACCAGAGGACGCUGCUGCUGCUGCUGGAGGGACGCCGCCUGCUGUUGGUGAAGCUCAGCAGCAGAGAUCCGAACCAGCAGCCGUGGAGGUCUGGGAGGACGCCAAGAACUCAUUUUCACCUGUGAAGGACGUCACGCUGCCGAAGGACACAAUGGAGAAGUCUUCGUUCAGAUCACCUUCACCUGUGGAGGACCUGACGGAGAGGCCUUCAUCCAGAUCACCUUCACCUGUUGGGAACAUCGUGCUGCCGGAGGACCUGAGAAACGGGCCUUCAUUCAGCCCCUGGGACAUGUUUCCUCCUCUGUGUCUGUCCCCCUCAUCCUCUGAAUCCUCCCUGGAAGAUUUACCUCCACCAAACCCAGAUCCUGCAGCCGUCCACAGCUCCAAGGAGUCCAGCUUCCUCCCAGCGUACCAGAAACAGCGGAGCAGCGUCGUCCAAACUGCCGCUUCGUCCUCGGCGACUCCAUCCGACGAAGCCUCAGCGGGACCAAACCUCCCCGCUGUGGAGCAAACCGUGGAGAGAAAAUCCGGGAAGGUGAAGAGGAAGCGAAGCGAUCCGUCGCCUGAAGCUCUGAGCACGCUGGUGGAGGAGGAGGAGCUCAGCACCAGCCCUCCGUCGUGGCUCUUUGACUCUCAGGCCGGAUCCCAGGAGUCCAGCAGCAGCAGCAGCAGCAGCAGCAGCAGAAUCAGCCCCGAACAGACCACAGGACCCGUCCAGAGGAAAACUCCCAGCAUGCACAGCGACAGCUCUCCGUUCUCCUACUCCUACCAGGUGACCGGACAGAACCUGCUGGAUCUGAGUCGGUUCAGAGUGGCUGCGUCGCUGCUGCAGUGGUCCGUGAAAUAUCUGCUGAAUCCAGAUCAGAAGGACAAAACUCAGAGCGGCGUCUGAGGUUCAGGUUUCAUCUGUGAACAGUUCAGCUGCUCGGAUGUCCUUUCCGUUUGUUCAAAUGGAGCUCAAGAGUUCAUCUGCAACUGUCGUUUUAGGCAAAAAAUGCAAAUACUUGAUGUUUCUGGCUCCUCAGAUCUGAAGAUUUGAUGGUUUUCUUUGUUGCACACAGUGUUAGAGUGAAUAAGAUGUUAAUUUAUAGUUGGCUUUUUUUGCUGUUUCAAAUAAUAAUGAGACAAAAUGGUGAAUAAGUUGUGAAAAAAUGUUACAGAGCUGCUGUUUUGUUGACUCAUCAAUUAGUUAAUAAACAGGUAGUUAAAGUUGAUGCAAAAAAGUGAAAUAUUUGAUAUUUUAACUCCUCAGAUACAAACAUUAAAGAUUUUGUCUCAUGUGAUGCAGAAGUGAGAAACAGAUUUGACUGAGAGGUUAUAAUUAGCAUUCUGUGCUAUUUUCUGGCAUUUUUACCACAAAAGGAUGAAAAAUUCAAUAGAAACGAAACGGUUUGUUAGAGUUGAAUUUGAGAAUAUAUUUAUCAUAAUCAAGCCCUAGGGCAUUAACUGAUUGUAUAUAGUGUCUUUAUAGAAUAAUCUUCAUUACAUACCCACACACACACAUCUUGCUCCUCUAGUCAGUAUAUUUCCACUCUUACAGCUUAGCACACCCCCUUGUGUAACUCGAGCUAUUUCUUAUCUUAUGCUAUGUUUUCGUUUCUGCUUGUGUAUAAAAUAAACUUCGUAUGGGAGCAGUCUUUGUAGCUCGCACUAAUGUGUCUUGUUACACUGUGCUGUUACCCUUGCAAGUAAAAAGUUA